CCGGGCAGACGCGCAGCGCCGCCGCGACAUGGCCGGCCGCCGCCUCCUGGCGCUCCUCGCCGCCGCCGCGCUGCUGCUGGGCGCAGGUCAUGGGGAUGACCUAGGUUCCUUUAGCCUAGAGGAUGCUCUGUAUGAUCCCACCACCAAACAACCGACUCCCAAGGUGCCCCGGAAGCCGGCAGGUGGGACAGGCUGGGAUUUGGCCGAUUACUUCGACGACCCGCUGGAGACGACGACCAAGGCGGCCAAGCCGACGCGCCAGCCCUCGCCGCGGAGGCCAGACAACAGCCUGUGGGACGUCGUCCGCACCACCACGACCAAGCGGCCGAAAACCACGCAGGCCCCCCCCGGACGCGGCCCCGCGAAGGACCCUGCGGACUUCGACUUGGCCGACGCCAUCGACAGGAACGACGGGAAAGGCGGGGAGAUGCCAAACCUCAGGCCGGGCGAAGCGUUUUCUGACGACGACCUGGCUGGGGUGGUGGAUGGAGGCUACAGCCCCGACAAGAAGAAGGGGGCUGGCGGCGGCGGGGGCACCGACGGCGGCCAGGACGCAGGCAGCGCGGUGGAGACGGGCACCAUCGCCGGCAUCGCCAGCGCCCUCACCAUGGCGCUCGUCGGCGCCGUCUCCAGCUACAUCUCCUACCAGCAGAAGAAGUUCUGCUUCAGCAUCCAGCAGGGACUUAAUGCGGAAUAUGUGAAAGGAGAAAACAUGGAAGCAGUUGUGAGCGAAGAACCUCAAGUUAAAUAUUCAGUACUGGAAACACAGUCAGCAGAACCACAACAAGACAGCAUGAAGCUCUGAAGCACAACCUGGGGCUAGAAGAGAAUCAGCCAGCAGCAAACAUGGAGAUCUUACCUGCUUGUAAUUUAGCUUUUUAUUUAAUUUGAAUCCAAAGCUAUUUAAUGUGUACUUAGGCUUGAACUGGCUUCUUACUGCUAUAGGCUUUAGGGUUAGAACAGUAGUAUGUAUUUUUUGUAAAGACUUCUGUGUUUACAUUGAAGUAAUACUGUAGGUUUGAUUUCAAAUUGUAUGCAAAACAACCAAAGGUGCUUCAGUAGUGUCAACCAUCAGUUAAGGGACAAGGUCUUUUCUAAGGAGCAGAACAACUUACAGGUGAGAGGACAGUGAAGUGCCUGUAAAUAGCAAUCCAAAGCAAAUCAUGCUAAACCCUUUGUAAAUCACUUCCAGCCAACUUUGGCCAUCUGCUAUGGGCACGUAACUUCCAGUGGCAGUGAUGAAAACCGCACAUUCACUGAGGGUAGAUGGCGAUCCUUAGAGUAACUACACUUAAAAAUAAAGUGCCUAUGGGUAGCAGGUAGGGCCUCAGGCUGAGCAGGUGACACCCUGCUCUUUAGUCAAGGAUGCUCACAACCACAGAGCACUGUGCUUCUAACCAAAUAAAAAGACCUGAUUACCCUCCCAAAUCACAAAUACAGGUAAUAGCAGUGUAUGCAGUGCUCAUUUUUGCUAAAUACCACUUGAAUGCAUGGCUAUCCUAAAGGUCAGAAUGGAGUCAAAGUUACCAAGUGAUGCACUUUGUCUGUGUCAUCAAUGAGAUACUUAGAUUGUCACUGAAAUGAAAACUGUUUGUUUAUAUGCUUCCAAGGACAGGUUCAGAUCUCAUUCAUACCAAAGCAAAUUACAGAUUUAGCCCAAAAGAAAAUGAAGAGCACAUCAGUUGAGACCUGUAACACACUGCCACGAGAGAAAUCAAGCUCAGCAAGAUAUAGUCUCUCCCCGCCCCCCGCCUCUUCCUCCUCCUCCAAGCAUUCACACUAUUGUGAAUGUUCAGUCACCUUAGGCAGAAAAGGGAUAUAAAGGAUUGUCCUCCAGGACACCAACUAACCUUUAGAAUAGGCAGAAUUUCCUAAGGGGGGCGGAGGUCCAUCUCUGUCCUCUGCGGGUUCCUCCAGCGGCCUGGGAAGCAUGCACCCCUGAGCGUUGCCAGCAGGACGCUGUGCUGUGGCUGGGAGAGCCUGCCAGUCCUGGGCCGGCGUUCCUACACUCCUGUUCAACGGUAUGGUUCCAGCACAGCACGACCCGACCUUUGCUGCAAGAAUCCCUGUCUUUUUUAUUAGUAUUAAAAUGUGGACACAGCUACUUACCAAUACAUUUUCCCCAAACAGUGAAAAAUUAAGGGGAAAUUCAUUUAGUGUAAGAGGCACUCCAUGUUUAUAUAUAAACCUGAAAUGUCUGCAUUUUUGUAACAUUUUGCAAAACAUACUUUGUGUGAAUGUGGAUUAAAAAAAGUGUUCUGUUUGAUGUUCAAAUUCACAGCUUUCAUGUAGACUUGACUUACACAAGGCCUUGCCAGUAGGUGAAAAAGCCUAGGAGCAUUUCUAUCUAACAGCUCAAUUUAAAAGGAAAUUGCCUAAUAAUAUUACAAGUAUUUUGCACAAUUCUUUAAGUUUUCACAUUUGAAUUUUCAAAGCCUUAUGCUAGCUCUAACAGAACAACUAUAGCUUUUUAAAACAGAGACAAGCUCUAAAGAUAUAUGGUGCCUCUCAUGUGUUUGGAACACUUGGGCCAAUACUGCUAUUACUGCUGUUUUGUUUUAUGAAUGGAUUUGGAUUAGAAAACAAAACAUUUAACUACUUGUUUCUCUGAGACUGGAUGCAGAAGAAAAAGAUAUUGAAUACAGAAUAUAUGUUUGCGUACCCCUAGAGUAGAAUUUUUAUGAAGGAAGAGAUGUGGGUUGUAGAAUUCUGAUCAUCAUGUACAAGAGCUCAGAUGCCGAUGAAGCUGCACACGUGGGUCUGGUAACUACAUCUCCAAACACUCCAGCCUGUUCUUUUCUUUCUUAGCCAAACAUACUUGAUAGCUAUGGCAUGAAAGCACUCCUGAAAAGUACCUGUAGGUAAAAUGUUACCUGGCAUUGAUAAACACUAGAAGUCAUAUUCCCUGGGGAGAUCAAAUGAACCUAAUUCCAUUUCUCUUUUGCUGAUGACAGAAUGUUUUUUGCAAGUGUAGAUCAUCAAUUUUGUUGCAUCUCUGUUAGUGCGCAGCGCACUCCCUGCUUGUCUAGCGGACAGUGCAAUGGAGUGUUCAGGAUUGCUCGAGUCUACAGCACUUACCCCUCCUCUGGGAGGGUGUUAAACUAGAACAUAUGAGAAGCAUGCACGUAAUUCACAAUACUGCUGGCUUUUCAAAAAAGAGGGGGAAAAAAACAGUUUCAUUUAGAAAAAUACCAGUUUUUAGAACUCAGAAAUAGACUGCACUCCUUUCCCCAAGGCCUUUUCUAUGACUUUGGUGAAUACUUAUGCCUUAAUGUAAUUUCUAGGUAUAACGUAAGUAAAAAUGUAAGUGUCCCAGUGAAAGGGAGCACUUUUUCAAAGUUUACAGUAACAGAAUUCAAGAUUUUUUUUCUCCCAGAUUUCUAACAGAAAAAUAUUGACACAUACAGCAGUGAAGAAAUUAAACCCCAUCUUCUCUUCAAAACAACAGGGCAAAACCUUAAGACUUCAUGUGCUAAAUGUCAGUUAAGGCUCAAUUGCUUUUUUGUUGCAGUUUGCUUCCUUCUCAGUCUGAACUAUCUGCUCGGUCUCUGAAAAAUGGGGAGUUUAUACUUCACACCAUCUACAUUUCAGGCAUUAUUGCAACUGAGAGGGUUCAUUUGUACUUUCCUAGUAAUGACACAAGUUCUGAAACAACUGAUACAGCAUUCACCUGUCUAACUGCCUUUAUUUAAUUAGUAUUUAUCUUUAAAUCCAGAUACGGAAUUUUUUAAAAAAAUCUCACACUUAUAUUCUGUAUACAUGGUGUGAACUUUCUCAUCCUGUAUUAAAAAGGUAAUAAAACACUAGAAAAACGGGACUUUUUUCAUUAGUCCAGAAGUACAGAUCCAGCUAUCCUGAGUGUUCAUGUACUACCUGUUCUGUGGCUCUUACUAAUAACACACCUCACAUCUUCAGAUUAACACCAUUUUUAAUGAAAAAAAAAAUUCCAAAACAGGUUUCUCUAUUAUACAGAAAACAGAGAAUUGGUAAGCACUUAACUAGCCCUUUUGCUGUUGUUUAUUAGGUGAAUUACUUAAAUUUUCCUCUGGCCAUGCUGUAGUAGUUUCUUCAUUUUAGAACACUGUGGCAUUAUAUUCUUUAUUUCAGAAUAUUGUGACAUUAAUUUCAGAUGUUUUGGGGGCACUAAAGCCAUUUUCAUGCAACCUCAUUAAGAAGCUCUUACAAGCACUGUAUUGUCAGUCCUAACUACUCAUUUAUUGUCAAAAAAGUGGAGUUAGCCCAUGAGACCAUUUCAAAUUCUGAGAAAUGAGUAGAGAGGCUUGGCCCUUAAAAUUGGCUUCUACAACACAUGAAACUACAGGAAUAAGUGAAGGUCAAGAACAAAUGAAGUUCAGAAACAACAGUACUGCAAAAUUAAAGAAUCAUGUCUUACAGUGAAAUCUUCAUUUAAAAGCAAGGCAUAUUGUUUACUAAUGCAGAAGUGAUCUAUACCAAACAAAAGUUUAAUAUGCUGUAAAAAGACAGAUUCGUUUUGCUAAUGUGCAUGCAAGGAUCAUGGGGGUAAAACUCAGAAUUUGACUAUCAUUGAAAAACAACAAAUAAAACAGACUUGACUAGUAAGA